UGCCAGCCUCGGGGUGGGCAUGCCCUGGCAGGAUGCCUUUCCUCUUGGGUCUUAGACAGGAUAAGGAAGCCUGUGUGGGCACCAACAAUCAGAGCUACAUCUGUGACACAGGACACUGCUGUGGACAGUCUCAGUGCUGCAACUACUACUAUGAGCUCUGGUGGUUCUGGCUGGUGUGGACCGUGGUCAUCAUCCUGAGCUGCUGCUGCGUGUGCCACCACCGCCGCGCCAAGCACCGCCUGCAGGCCCAGCAGCGGCAGCACGAGAUCAACCUGAUCGCCUACCGCGAGGCCCACAGCUACUCGGCGCUACCGUUCUACUUCAGGUUUCUGCCAAACUACCUGCUACCUCCCUAUGAGGAAGUGGUGAACCGCCCUCCGACCCCGCCGCCACCAUACAGUGCCUUCCAGCUCCAGCAGCAGCAGCCGCCGCCACCGCCCCCACCCCCGCCGGGCGGCCCUGCAGGGGCCAGUCCCCCAGACGCCAGCCCCGUCGGCUCCCGGAGGGCUCCGGGCAGCCCCUUGUCGGGGCCCAGCAGGAGCAGCACACAACCCUCCAGCGUCACCGACCCCGAGCCCUCCAACCGGCCCGCCGACCCCGCGGCCGCCAAAGCCCCCUCGACGGGGCCGCUGGCGCUGCGCUCCAGGGCCUUGGCAGACCAGGAUUCCGUGCACCAGGAGGAGCCGCUGAAGGAUGGGCCCGGCGGCGCGCCCCCCGAUGGCAAGGAGAAGACGCCCGGGCGGCACCGGCGCUUCACCGCCCUGCCGGGGCUCCCCCGCCUGCCGCGGCCGCCCGCAGCCCUGCUGCUGAACACCAUCAGCGAGCAAGACUCGCCUGGCGCCCUGCGUGGCGGCUCGCCCAGCUAG